AUGACAACCGCCGACAGCCCUUCGUCAUGCGUCUUACCGCCCUCCCUCCUCGACCUGCUAUCGAACUCCAUCAUCCUCGACAACCUUGUGCACUACUUACCUCUAUCCUCUAUCUUUGCCCUAGCAAGGACGUCUUCUUACCUGCGGGACCUAAUCUUCCACACGGCUAGCGUCUUUCGCUAUAUAGAUUUGUCAAGAUGUCGAGGAGCCUACGUCUCAACCAACCUGUUGACCAGGAUAGACUCGGGCGGAUUUCCCUGGCGUGCGCAACGAAUGGACGAAAAUCUCACCGAAGACGAAUUCUACGCCGGGCCACUGCGCGGCGUAUUGAUGAAACUGGGUCGAAUGAAGGUACUCCAAAGUGUGCAGACGUUGGUGCUCGAUGAACUGGCUUCUGUCACUCAUGAUCUAAUUAGCGACAUUGUCCUUGACCCUGAAUAUCACGUGCGGCUACUCAGUAUUCGGCGAUGCCUUAACGUCAAUCACUCGAAACUGCAGCAGUUGUUGCGCCACAUAUGCCGGCCUAGCAGGCCGGAAGGCACUCCCCGACUACAAGGCUUGUACGUAUUCACGCCGCCAGCAUCGCCCAAUCAGCACGCCCUCGACUAUGGGUUACCCGUUUCGGGCGCUACUCCUUCGCAAGGGACGCAGCUUGGAGCUGCCGUCGCACCCACCGACAGACUUGGUGCUGGCGGAAUCGAUCCUUGGUAUGCACCCGCUGGGCAGGUCAUCUACCCUGGGCAUGGCCAUCGAACUUCGUGGGAAGAAACUAUGUUGGCAUGCAAGGAUAUCAUCAGCUUUGAUGCCGUCCUCUGCACUCACAUGCACGCCGACAUGGCUCCCGUUCUGCAUGUUGCGUCUCGAGAUUACCUGGCAGAGAAUAAGGCUGGGAUUCCUCCGUUGGCCACCAUUGCUCUCGGCCCCACAGGAUGCGCAAGCUGCGGUCGCCAACCUCGCGGGGCACCGGUCUGGGGUGAAAGCGACCCGUCCGAAUUCCCUCUACUAUGGCCACCUCCGUCGAGCGGAAAGCUAAUUGACGCCGUGCGUCCUCCACCUCGGAGAGGUGAAAAUGGAGAGGUUCUUCCUCAGCGCCUCAUCGUCUCGUGCACCUGGUGUCUUACCAACCGACACUGUGAGAGUUGUCACCGAUGGUGGUGCGCCCACUGCUACAACCCGACACUAUCCAAGAAACUUAGCGAUCUCGAGAGGCUGCAUCAAGCCGGACUAUCGUACCUACCCUCUGGGGAUGAGCUGAACGAUGGAGCCACUAGCGGUGACCGUGGCGACCACAUUAAGGUAUUUAACCGCCUCUGCGUUCAACAUUGUCUUGUCGACGAGUGGAUGAUCCGGGCUGGCGGUGAUGGCAUGUGA